AUGAACGUCCUGCAUAUAAUCUUUCCACUUGCCGCAUCAAAACAAAAAACGAAAAUUUACGCCAGAGAAAUCAGAGACGUUUGUUGUGUAAACUUCGCUCCAUAUCUGUCAUCAAAGAGGAAUAAAACACUCAAGAGAGUCGGUAUGAAGUUCUCAGAUUCAGUGGUGACCGGCUAUAUUGACAAUUUUCCCACAAUCCAGGCCAAAUUACCCCUCAAAUACAUCUCACAAUCAACAUCCUCAUCAUCAUCGAAUUCCAAUGGUACUUCAACGAGGUUGACCUCCAAUAAUGACAAUUUCCAUCUGAAACUUGCCAACAGAGGUUCCAUUAUAUCUUUAAACGACAUAGAGGGUAACUUUAUCGACGCAGUUUCGUUUGUUUUGCUCAAUGAUUUGAAAACUAUUCGAUUCACCCCGCUAACCACCCAAGUCAAUAGCCUUGAACUCAAGUUCCAACAGAUUGAAAUUUUGUUACCGCACAGGCUACCAUCUGCUUCAUGUCUAUCAGUAUACUUGGAGAGCUCACCAGAUUACGGAGAUGCUGACUCUGCGUUCAUUCUUGUCGAUAUAAUAGAUGAAAACUACCUUUUCACCUCGAUCAAGAUACAGUUGAACGAUUUCGUCGUUAACGCCAACUUAGGGAAACCUUUCCAAUUGGACAAGUUCAACCAAUGGGGGAACAUUUCUGUUCCAUAUUCGUUUGAAUUACGCUCACCUCCAUUUUACAUCAAAUCAUUGUCUACUAAUUCUCUCAUUGUGUCUUUGAAGGACGGUGGAUUGCUCCAUUUCAAGAGAUCGAGCCCAUUAAGUGAUUAUGAAGUUCACAAUUUUAAUGAACCAACCAGUAUAUUACCAUUCAACUUCAUAGGAGGAUUAUGGGGUAAGCAGAAAGAAGAUUCUUUGAAAGGUGCAUCGAAUGAAAUCGAAUCUCUCGGGGGCAUAUCACUUAACUCAAUGGUUGACAUCGCUCUCUUAACUCCAACUAUUUUCAUAACAUUGUCGAUAAAUAAAGUAUUGAAAAUUUGGGAUUUGACCACGCAUAGACACUGCUACCCUUCUAUCGACUUGAAGGAAAAUCACAAGGACACCUCAUUCUGGUUAACAGCAAGCUCCACCGUAAAAUAUUUGCAAGUCAUCGAUAACAAGUAUUUGACAUGCCAUUUUAUGACAAAAGCAGCAUACACUGGAGAUAAUUUACAAAGCAACUCUGUAUUCAAGAUUUGGGAACUUUCCUCGACUGAUCCUUCCCAGAUUGAUUUGAGAGAAAGGAAGGAUUUGAAAUUCAAGCCAGAAUUGCCCCAGAGUGUGAGUAAGAGAACUAACGACAAAAAUAGAAAGAAUGAGAACAUUUGGUUUAUUCAAGACUUUUUUGCACGGAUUCAAGACAACGGUAGCAUCCUGUAUUGGAUUCUUUGGAAAACUAACACUUCCUCUAUCGUUUCAAUUAGUACCAUAAGUGAGACUGAUGGACAUGUAGAGUCGAUAGAAUGGUCCUCUAAGGCAUCUCAAAAAUCUGUAUUAUCUACAUUUUCACCAUACUUUGACUCAAGUUACUACAGUGAUAAGAUAUUAAACUCUGGAUAUUAUAAUGAAUUAAUUGUGAAGACAUCCUUAGACAUAUUCAGAGACCACAUCGGCUUCAAGGACCACGACCUCAACAUUACACAUUUAUCAUUACGUCAAUCCAUAUUAGAGACUUUGAAUGAAGGUGGUGAUAAUAAGUUAAAUUGGUACAAAGUUGACUCGUUAUGUGAAGAAUAUAAGAAGUUGAGUGAAGAAUGCUUGUCAUUAUGGGUGAACGAUAUCGAUAGUAAGGUGUUGAUAUUGAAUUCUAAUAGUGUUGGCGUAGUCAGACCAGCCCAUGCAUAUGAGACUUUCAAAAGUCAUCUUUCCCCAAUAUUAAAUGAUCUAUCUAUCAUUCUUUCAACCAAGACUUACAUCAAAGUUUAUGAUCAAGUGGUUCAAACACCUUACUUCACUGGUGAAAUUGCAGGAGAGAUUUACCUAAAAUACCUUGCAGGUAAAAUUUCUGAUGAAGACAGGGACAGUCUUAUUGAAAGGUUGAGUCUGGUUCCAAAUGUUAUACAAGAAUUUAACGAAUUAAUCGAUCCUAAAUCGACCACUACUGAUUUUGCUUUGGACAACCGUAACUCAUUAACCGGAUCCUUAAGAAAAUUGUCUUCUAUUAUAUCGUUCAAAGACAUCCAGAGGAGCCAUGAAUCAAUAUUACUUGGCUUGCUUGUAUUGCUCCUUCUUAUGGAAAUUAACGGACCAAUAUUGGAAUUGAUGAAUAAGGUUAGUUCGAAACUUUCCACAUACAAACUCUUAUCUACUGUGUUUGAUACUUCAUAUAGUACUUCAAAUGGCAGUGCUGGAAGUAGUUUUUCUGGAAAAGUCGAACGUAACCAGCUAAGCAAUUUAGAGAAUUCAUUGUUUUGGAAUGGAGUGGUAUCAAAUCAUCCAAAACUUGGGAGAUUGAUCAAUAAAGGUGAGUUUAAUGCUUCCUACGAUGAGUUGUACUCUAUAGUUUCCAAUGACUAUGAAAAUUUUAUAACAAGUAUUAUAAUCGAACUUAUAAACCAUGACGAAGGAGACCUUAUAAAGGAAAUUUUUAUAAAGAACCUCAAUUCCAAAAAGGUAAUUGAUAAAUUUUUAAUUGGAUUUGUUUAUUUAAUCAGCAACAAUAGUGCUGAAUUCUACAAAGUUUUUGAGCAAGAAGUAUUUGACUUUAAAGAUCAAAAGGUGAAGCUGGAAUUGAAGGAAAUUAUAUUUCAGAAUUUAACUAUGAAUGAGAAUAUUAAAGCGUUCCUAGAUUCAAUUUUUAAUCUGCUGAUAGAAGAUGUUAAAUUGGAAAGGGCCAAUUACUACCAUUCAUUGUCAAUUUUAGCAAUUACACAAAGCAAGACAAAUCACAACCAUGCUACAUUUAUUUCCCCAAUUGUCAGCACUUUCUUAGCAUCUACAUCAGAAUAUUCUCUUUCAGAACCAGAAACUAAGUUGACUAACUCUUUUUUAAAUACCGCCUUGAAAUUUGAAUUACAAGCUGUCGAAGCACUUGAAUCUAUUGAUGCUACAGAGAAUACCUCUACUCAACAAAAAUUACUUGAAUAUAAUAUCAAUAUUUUUGAAAUGGCGCUAAUCUUAAAUGAAUACUCAAUUGUUUACAAGACCUUAGAAUUCCUUGACGCUCACAAUAAUGAUCAAAGUGUUAAUUUAACAGAAGUAUUCACUAAACUUAUCAAUAACUUAAUCUUGAAUAGAAGUGUACACAUACUUUUUUCAACCAGCAAUCCUAGUCAACAAUUGAUUUUCAGUAACAAUUAUUUACUCAUUGAUUCCAUCUUACUAAGCUUGGCAAAUAAUGAAUUAGCAUUGGCCAAUUCCUUAAAGUAUUACGAAUACCUCUAUUCUUGGAGGUUGUUUGGAGGUAGAUUUUCGCUGGAGCUUUCUUCAAAGAACCUAGGAGACAAAAGGGGUGCCAUUCAAGCAUUGUACAUCUUUAUUACCAGAUUCCGUCACGAGCAGCAAAAUCUUUUAGAAAAUGAUGGAGACAACAACAAAGUAAUAGAAGUUGAAGAGGAUAUCAAACAAUACAAAUUAAAGAUCUUGGAACUUUACAUGAUUAUUCUUAAUUGCUUGAAAAGUUUUGAUAAGAAAGAAGACCAAUGGAUAAUUAAAUCAUCUGAUAUUGAAACAGAAACUUUGGGUAUUACCACUUUAGAGGAAAUAAAUAAGGAGUAUGAGCAAUGGAUAAUGGAAUUACAAAAUGAUAUGAGAGAAUGGAGUUCAUAA